UUUAAAUUAUUCACUGUCAAUACUUUAUUUUUUUAUAUUAAUUUUAUAUCGAUAUCGACUGAAGUGUUUAUUGAUUUGAUCGAGUGGUGAUAAAAGUGAUUGUGUACUUGUGUGUAUGUCGUAUCAGUUUUAUGGGAAAAGAAACUUCUAAUUGAUAUCUGCUACUUUCUCUAUUCAAAUAAAAAUUCUACAUCCGGAAGAAAUUGCAUAUAAUUGCAUAAAACAAACAGUAUUUUAAUUACUGCGACAAUACAUCUCAGAAUAUCGCAAAAUGGAAGCAAUGGAUGCAAUUUCAAUUCAAGAACCCAAAUGGAGAUUAGAUCGUCGUGACUCAGGUCAUUUAUUUUGGCGACAAGAUUCACAAAAAUCCAAAGUGAAAUUUCGUUGUGAUGUUGAUAUUAGAGAAUUUCAUAGACAAGACUAUGAACGUGACAUACAUUAUUGGGAUUACCCCGAAGAAGGUGGAAGUCAUCCUGUUGUAAUGGGAAUCACAUGUGCCGUUUGUUUAAUGGUAACCGUUAUGUUACCAUAUUUUAUUAUUAGUUAAACACGCAAGUGGUUAAAAUUAACGCAAUUCCAAUGGAAUUUAUUUAAGAAAAUUUUGAAUCUAGUUCAAACAACUGAGGAAUAAUUAUACAUAUCAUUAACAAUUAAUGUAGUAUUGGAAAAACUAUUUUAAUUAUUGAAACGAAAUACGAAAAAACCAAUAAUCGAAAUAUUAUUAUUAGUCGAUUAAAAUAUUUGGAAACCAAUAUUGUACACUGGUUAAGAAACGGUGGAAAAGUUAUCUAUAAUAGACAAGUGUAAAUGGAAAAAUUGAUUAAAAAAUGAUGGAAUUAAUCUGUAAUCAAAAGCACUCUGGCUACUCGUGAUGGAAAUAAUACAAUCAUCAAAAAUUUCUAGAUUUUUUUUUUUUAAGAGUAAACAAAUUUUACAAAAUUGUCCUUCACAAAAACAAUUAUUCACGUGAACAAUUUUGAUCUUUCUUUAUACAAGAAAAAAAAUUGAUAACCCUUUCGUGCUCAAUAAAAAUUAAAAUUAGUCAUUAAAUUUGAUAAAAUACUUCCGUUGUUUAGUUAAAACAAAUUGCAUGAUUGCAAAAUGAUAUUGAUUGGAUUAACAUUAAUGAAGUAUCGUGACCGGGUGUUUGUAAGAAAAAAAUUUUUAUAUCGUUUGUUGAAGUAGUCAAUUUAUUGGUGAAUUUUAAUAUACUCAUAUGAAUGUUUCGAACUUGUUGAAAAGUUCUUAGCGAAUAGUAGCAGAUCCAGAAAGAAAAUUUUCUUUUGUGGGACUUUAGAACAAAUUUAUUAUUUAUUAUUUAUACAGGCGAGGCUUUAUUCUAUCGAAAAGAAGUUUCGAUAAAAUAAAGAAAAAAUUGCUCCAAAUUCUUGACAUAAAAAGACAACUUUUAUAAUUUAUUCGCAUAACACGCGAGCCGUUGGAUUAAUUUUUUUUUUUAUUCUAUAAUUUUCUAAUUUAUUUAACGGCAGAUUAUAUAAAGCAUUUUUAGCUGUGCUAUGAAAUUAGCCGUUUUUACAUCAUCUAUCCUUUUACUUAUAAUUAUAGUGACAAAGUGGAAGCGCUGGAAAAAGUUAGCUACUAUUACUUCACACUUUCAUAAAAAAAAUAACUAAUAUUAAUACUCGACCCGAAAUUGAGGCUUUUUUAAACUUCUAAUCUAGAAAUUUUAUCGGCUAGAGAUUUUUUUCCAUAUCAUGGAAAAUUAUAAAUGCGAAAAUUUGAAUAUUUUGCGAAAUUUAUAUUUUGAAAUAUUGAAAUUUUUACGAAAAAGUAAAAGAUAUUGUUUUUUUUUUAUUCGAACUACCAAAAAUAUGUUUUUUUUAUGAAAAAAUUCAGGGGUAAUAAUAGGCUUAAUUGAUCGAUAGCCCUAAAUUUGGAUUCGCUACUGGAACGAUAAAUAUAUACCUACUGUUCUAAUUUAAGAAUAAAAGAGAAAAUUAAAAAUUUUGUUUAGAGUGAAUGAGAAUUAUUUUAAAAUAUUUCACAUACAUUCCAAAAGUUUUACGUAAACGAAACAAAAUCGGAAUUUAUAAUUUUCUUUAUUUCAACUAAUUCGAAAAAAAAAAAUUCUAACAAAAUUACUUGAUAAAGAACCAAAAAUGUUAUUAUUUACUGAACUGAAUAAUGUCGUC